AUGUGGGGCGCGACCGUGAAGGAGGGCGUCCAGAAUCCUGUCUACUCCUAUGAAUGGGUUGUCAACGACCACUACUCCGGCAUUGACUUCAGCCACUCGGAGUGCCGCGACGGCUGCGACUCCCAUGGCUCCUACCACGUGCUGCUGUCCGACGGCCCUGUCGAGAAGCUCACCUACACCGUCAUCGGGGGCAACGCCGGUUACGUGAACACCGUUGAGUUCGAGCGCGAGACACACGCACGCCCCGACGCAGGUGUACACGCAGCCGCCGGCGCCGACCGGGAGUGUGAGGAUCCUACAGCCUGCCCGCCACCCCGCCAGUCAUAG